GUGUGGGCCGGAGCGGGGGGCACGCGGGGCUGUGGCCGCCAUUAAGCGGCCGGAGGAGCCCGGCUCGUAUCGGGAACUGCGGGGCCGUGCCCGGGGAAAUGUCCAGCGGCAGGCUGCUUGCUGCGGCUGCACAGUCUUUUGGGGUGUCCCCGGUGCUGGCCGCUGGCCGUAGGGAUGAACGGGAGCGCGGAGUAAAGCUGCCUGUGGUGCUCCAGAAGCGCUCUGUGUAUUCAUGGUUAUUUUAAUCUUUCAUGGGGACCCUUUCCCUCCCUAUCCGCUUUUUUUUUGUUUUGUUUUGUUUUGUUUAUACCUUAAUUGCAGUGGAGGCCGUAAUUUUAACUGUUUCGUGGCUAAUUCGGAAUCAUUUUAACGGCGCCGUUGCGGGGCUGCGGCGCAGCUGAUGCGGCUGAUACGGGGUUGUAUUCCCCGUACAGAAACAAGGUGGCAUUCGCUACCUGUGAACAUCAGCUUACAUGACAAAGGGAACGUGGUGAAAAGUCUUCUUGAGCUCUCCUUGGGAAAAUUCAGAAAUGUGCUACUUAACCAGACCAGUCCAGUGGAGGCUGUAAUCAGGAACAUCGCCAGCAAUGUGACUGUGGUUAUUUUUCAAGUGCAUGCCCAGCAGAGUGAUGUGGUGAUAUCCUUUGAUAAGACUCCAUCAGUGAACAGCUCAGGAGUUGGGGUAGACAAAGGGCUGGUGUCCAUCCUUCGGCCUGAGCAGACUGUGUGUACGUGGUACCUGCGUGCCCUGGAUGCUGGCCAGGUGCUCAGCACCGCCAUCUCCAUUCCCUACAUGGAGAAAGAUCCUAUUCCUGGGGGCUGCAAUCUAGAAUUUGACUUGGAAGUGGAUCCAAAUAUUUACUUGGACUACACGUUGGUUGAUAUACACAUCAAGUUUGCCCCUGCCAACUUGGGAUAUACCAGAGGAGCCAACCCCCCAUCCUGUGAUUCAGGGACUGGUCAGAGCUCACGGUGGCGGCUGCACUACGAUGUGUACCAGUACUUCCUGCCCGAGAAUGACCUGUCUGAGAUGGUGCUCAUGAGCCACAUACGGAAAAUGUCUGGGGUGCAGAGUAUCAGAGUCAACGGCAUUAAAAUGCUUACGCUGACAGCUGAUGACAAGACCAAUGUCUACUUCUCCUCACUUCCUGGGCAAGGUGUGAUCUACAAUGUCAUAGUGUGGGAUCCUCUUUGGAACACUUCUGCUGCAUACAUACCUGUGCAUACAUAUGCCUGCAGCUUUGCUGACCUGGUAGAUAACUGCUCUUCCCUCAGUAAACUCUCUACCAAAGUAUUCUUCACUGCUUUUGCUGUUCUUGGUCUUUUCACCUGCUUUUUUGGACACAGAUUCUGGAAAACAGACUUAUUCUUCAUGGGCUUCAUUGUUGCAGCAUUCAUCUUCUUUGUAUUCAUUACAAGAGUAACUGGCCUUAGUUAUGAUGUGCGUCUUAUUUUGACAGCAGUGACUGGAAUUAUUGGAGGCCUGCUCUUGGUUGUGAGCUGGUGGAGAUUUGGCUCUGUCCUGCUCAGCAUGUUUGUUAUUGGACUUGUGUUGGGAUUUCUCUUCUCAUCGAUGCUCUUCUUUACUCCCCUAGGAGACUACCGAGUCUUUCGUGACGAUGUGGUGUUCUGGGUGACCUUUACUUGUGUAGCCUUGAUGAUUCCAGUGCUUUUUGUCGGCUGCCCAAGAAUUCUGAACAUCCUGGCUUCUGGAAUAGUGGGCUCUUACACGGUGGUCCUGGCCAUUGCUUGUUACGUCUACACAAGCCUUUCUUACAUCACCUUAGACCUGCUCAGAAGGGUCCUCAACAAUUAUUUCAGCAGAGCUUACACCAAUGUGCCUUUUCAAAAGAAUGACUUCAUUAUCCUGUCAGUGUGGGCAAUGCUGGCCCUCAGUGGGGUCACUGUGCAGCUCCGCCGGGAGAGGAGCGAGGUGCCCUUCCCACCGCAUCCCUAUCUCACCUGGAAGAGGGAAAGGGAGCGUAGAAGCACCAAUGUCUUAGACCCCAGCCAUCAUAUCCCUCCCCUGAGAGAGAGGAUCCACAACAAGCUGCUGCAUAUCAAAGAGCUCUUCCAGAAAGACCAGCCAGCCGGGGAGAGAACUCCACUGCUUCUGUAACUUGCCAAAUAACUGGUGGGAAUGGAGAGGGAGAGUUUGGGAAUGGUGAGAUGAUUACCAACAACCAGUCAGUGGUGCAGGAUUUACCACUGCUAAUUUGUCCUGCUGAAUAAGAGAUUGUUGCUUUCCCAGCUUGGCAGAGCAGUUACCUGUCCAGUACACUACAUGCUGUUUGUGACUCCUCUGUGGCACACUCUGACUGCUGCAACCUGCUUGUGUCCAGCUGCAGAAUCCUGUACUCAUCAAGGACAGGCAUUGAUCCUGUGGGGUCUACUUUGCUCUUUGGGUACGUGAAAUAUCAACCAGGCCUUGGAAGGCAACCUGCUGAUUGUUCCCUUCACAUGGAAAUGUCUGCUGAGGCAGUGCCCAACUUGGUCCCAAGGGUGGGCAGCCUGUCCAGCUGUGAGGGGAGGGACAAGGACUGGACAUACAAGUUCUUCCAGCAGGAACUGAGCAUCUCCUUCUAAUACAGGUACAAAAUGUGUGGCUGCAGACACACUGGUUUCCAAGAAGUGUUACUGAACCUUGCAAGCUGAACUGAGUGACUUGAAUUGAAACUGCACUGAGUUAACUGUUGUACAUGUGCACUGUGGGGCUUGGGAAGGGGACUGGUCUGAGACAAGACUUUUUCUUUCACUGUUGGCUGGUUCUGUAGCAAGCUGGUCAUCUGGUCUCUGUACAGAAAUGGCUGCUAAGAGAACACAAGAGAUUUGUUUCCCUGUUUGCUUUCUGAACAGCCUGUGUCUUGUUUCUGCUCUGCUAUAGUAUCUUUUUUUGAUGGUGCUGUUAUAAAAGAAAAAAGUAAAUAAGCUCUUUGUAGCCAAUGGUAAUUUUUUUCCCCUGGAGUUGGCUAGAACACUAAUUAUUUAUUUUUAGUCAUUGUUUAAUUUUGCCUUUAAGGAGUGAAAACAACAUUUAGCUAGCAAGAUACUGACCAGGAAUCUUGCUGACUGAAUGUGUUCCUUACCAAUUUGAAUUGCAUCUGCCCAAAGCAGAAUGUAGUAUAAAAACAGAUGAGGGACCAAUCUCCUGUGGUGGCUUUAUGCUCUUCCAUGAAAAAAAAACCCAAGAGCCCUUUUCAAAUUGUCAGCUGGAGCCAUGUUUUUUUUGGCUUAUCCCGAGGAGACCUAAGGGCGUUUUACCUGUGCUUGUCCCUUUUGCCCCAUCCAUCACAGUGGGGGUCUGUGAUGCACUGGAAGAUGGCUCAAGUCUCACAUCCUGUACCCUGGUACAGGCUAUGGUGACUCUUCCUCCUUCUCCCUGUGUCUGAACCUUCAGUGAGGGCAGCCAAGUGCACAGUCCUUCCUGUGUGAGGAGAGCAGCUGCUAUGGUGCCUGCAUGGAGCCUCCAUGAGGGAAUUCCCCAGGCAUGGAAGGUUAAGCUCUCAGCCACCACUUUAAAUUCUAGGUAGGAAAUCUGUAAGAAACAGCUCUUUCUGAUGAAGCUGGCAAAAGAACUUUUUUUGGGAAGUUUGGUGGAAGUUAAAAUACCCUGGCACAGACAGGCAUGAAUUACUUUUAAAUGGCUUUUCUUUAAGGAUAGCACAAGACAGUGUCUGAGGUGACUGAACCCUUCUGAUGUUUAGUGAUAAAUCCCAUCAUUGCUUGGAGCUGGACCAUCUGCCUCAAACAGCAAAGCAAUGUGGAAAUCCUGCAGUUUGGGUUUUGUUUCCCUAUGCUGUUGUGUGGCACAUGGGGUAAACAAGGAGCUCUUCCCUGGGUCUCUGCCCAUCCUCCCUGCACUGAUCCUGAGCCUGUCUCUGCCAUGUGUAAUGGCAAGCAGCAAACCCUUCUGUGGUAUAGAAAUGCUCUUAAACUGUUUACCUUGGUGGGUGUUUUAUAACUGCUGCAAUUAACAUUGUGCGAGAAACAAGUUUAACUCUAAUUUUCUAUAUCUUUUACAAUAAAGAUGUCUUUUCAAUGAUGCUUUUACAGUUUAGCUUCUGCCUUUGAUCUUGUAGGGAGAAUUUGCUUUGAAAAACAUUUUUCUGGCCAAGGGCUGGGGUGGGGGAGCUUGGCUGGCAUUGCAGUGACACCCAGAGGCUGAGAGUGUGGUGUGUGCUCUGUGCAGCCACUGAGGGAAGUGCGUGGUCCGGAGAGGUUUGAGAGCUUUGUUGGAUGAGGCUCUAGAGAACAAAGGAAUGGCUGUCAUCCCUUUCUUGCCUGAAAACUGGUCUGCAAGAUCACAUAGGAGUCUUCUAGCAGAAGUGGGCUUUGAACUCUCUGAGAUCCUGACUUGAAGAUUGUUUCCUUUUUUAAAUUCUGCCAAGAGAUGGUUCAGGAAUUUUAUUCCAUAAUCCCUAAGCCACAGUGACUAACAGAUCAGAACACAUGAACUGAUCCACUACAAUGGAUUUUCAAGGCAUCUUUUGUGUACCUCUUGAGGUCCAGAGUGAGAUCUGUUUCAGAUCUCUUUAAGGUCCCUUCCAGCACAAACCCUUCUAUGAUUCUCUGAUUCCCUUCCAUCCUUGCCUUGAGCUGUCCUUGAUCUGGAAAGGCUUCCAAAAAAGAGGGAGGCGGUCCAUCUCAAAAUGUGCGUUCUUCACUAAGCCUUGGAGCUUUUCACAUCUCUGCCUUCCGACCCAUCAGCAGCUGUAGGUCUGCAGUGAUCUUGGCAGUGUUUUUUGGUAUGAGUUUUAGUAGAACUUUGGUUCUUCGUUGGUUUAUCCAAUGAAAAGUCAGCAUAAGAAACACCGAGUCUUUGGUUAUGCAAGGUGAGUAUUGUGUUAGGUUACUGUGUCCUGACUCGGGCUAGAUUGCAUUGAUAUAUUCAUAUAUCCAGAUUUAUUAGCAUUUUGCCUGUGUCCAUCUGGUUGUCCUCCGCUCUCAUAUCCUGGAUUAAUAGGCUCUGGUGUCUGAGUUUUCUCUGGAAACAGCAGCUCCUGUAACACUUGUGUGUUCAACAGAUACUUGUUGUCUAGAAUAUUGAUUUUAUUGCUCUCAGAGCCUGUCUGCUCCAGCCCCCAGCCCCAGGCAGCCAGCUGACUCCUGCUGAGCAUGAAGGGCUUUGUGCUUCCUUGCACACUGGGAGAAGUCAACUUCAAUCCAGAGCAAUAAAUGAGCUCCUUCUGGGGGCAAGAGAGAGUGGCAGGAAUGAGGGUUGUGUAGAACUUCCCUGCUUGCUUCAGAACUAGAUCUUUGUAAGGCUGCCUCAUCAGAAAAAGCACCAGUUCCACCUUUUCCAUCCAAUCUGGUAUAACAACAGGUUAUCUAAUAUGCUCAAAAUGAGCUGGAUUUGAUGUUUUUUUAUCCUGAAUGCUGAGGGUCAGGGGAAAGCCAUAUGCAGGAAGCAAAGAAGCACAGAUAGAGACUUGUAGGAGGCAGCUGCUGUUUGCUUAGCCAGGAAUGUAAUGAGUUGCAGGUGAGUAAUUUAAAAAUUUGUUUACGGUGUUCCUGAACAUAGUAUUGGAAAAGGGAAGGUGCUGCUCACCCUGCAUCCACUGGUGUGCUGUGUUGAGCUUCCAAGAACUGACUUCUCAAAAAGCAGCUCUAUUGGUGCUCACUGCUGGAAGAGCCAGCCUCAGGUGUAUGGACUGGGGGAUUUCUGGUGCUGAGAAUACUGCCGAGCAAUCACUGUCUGCCAUUCUUUGAAAAAGUAAAC